UCUCAUCUAAUCUCAUCAAAGUCUCUUCUUCAACCAUUUCUCUCUCUCCCUCCUUCCUCCUCUCUUCUUCUUUCUCCUUCAAUUUUUCUCUCUCUGUAGAGAAUCAGAAAAAGAAAAAAGGGAAAAAAACAAAAAAUAUUCAGACUCAUCAAUGGAAAUCUCACUAAAGCACCAUGAAAACCCUAACCCAUGUCUGCUUCCUUCCCCAAAUAGCCACAGUACAAAUAGUAGCAGCAGCAGCAGCAGCAACAGCAAUGGAGUCCAAGCCACACCACCACCACAACCACCAUCAACACCAACAGCCCUUCAAUCUCCUCAGCCUCCCAAACCCAUCACCAGAUCCGAAUCCGCUAACCCUUACCCGACAACAUUCGUCCAAGCUGACACGAACUCUUUCAAACAUGUAGUUCAAAUGCUCACCGGAUCCUCCGAAACCGCCAAGCAAGCCUCCUCAAAACCCUCAAGCACUGUAACGGCCAUGGAACCACCUUCUAAAACCCACAUCCCACCCAUCAAAUCCAUGCCCAAGAAGCAGCAAUCCGGGUUCAAACUCUAUGAGCGCAGGAACUCCCUCAAGAACCUCAAGAUCAACCCCUUGAUCCCCGUCUUCGCUUCGACGAAUUCUGGAUUUUCUCCCAGGAAGCCGGAGAUCCUAUCCCCAAGCAUUCUUGAUUUUCCGGCCCUCGUUCUCAGCCCCGUUACGCCGCUGAUACCCGACCCGUUUGAUCGAUCCGGGUCGUCGAAUUACGCGUAUUCCAACAACGGGAGUGCUAAUUUAGAUGCAGAGGCGGAGGAGAAAGCCAUUAAAGAGAAGGGGUUUUACUUUCACCCUUCGCCGGCGACAACUCCGAGGGACCCGGAGCCCCGCCUGUUGCCCCUUUUCCCUACCACAUCCCCUAGAGCUUCAGGUUCUUCUUCGUCUUCUUGAAUAACAAAUAAUAAUUUUUUAUAUUUUGUUGGAUGAUUUAAUAUGUUUAUUGUUGCCAUUGGGUGAUGAUGAGAAGGGAGAUGGAAAAAAAAAAAAAAAACAUUUGUAAUGGAUAAUUUGCAGAGAAUGAGGGAAAUCUUGCUUCAAUUGUAAAAUUUGUUGUCUUAUUCUUCUCGUAUGUUCUUAGCACUUUUUUCUUCUGCUUGGUUCUGAAGAAGAUUUGAUGAGGGGAAAAUUUUCAAAUUAACUUGCUCUCUUUUUCUAUGUCGUGCUCAACAAUGGGUAAUCCGGUGAUGAAUGUCAUUGAUCCUCGGAGAGAAUUGGUUGGUAUAAAGCUUAAUUGAGUGGAAGUUGAAAUUCACUUGAAAUUUGAAUAUUUGAUACUUCCUCCUCUCUAUGUAUUUACAUGUUGCAUUUGUGAUAAUGGUUCAGUCUGUUACUUAGUUUUUUCUA